UUCACAUGCCACAGGCUUUACUUACAUCGCGUUCUCCUUAGAUCAAACUAGAUUUUUAGACAAAUAUAUGUAUGAAACUAUUAGUUUUAAUGUGUUAUAGAUGAAUUUCUUUCGAAUUGUUUACUUAUUUAGUGAAAUAUGACGUUUUAAUGAACUGUUUUAUACAAUGCUGAGUUAUUUAUGUGAUGAAUAAGUGAUACAAGCAAAGUUUGAGAUCGGGUUUUGGUCUGCUGUUCGUAAUCGCCGAUUAAUUUGGACAGUGGAGGAUGGACGGCAGAGCUGACGACGAAGAAGCCCCCACAGACCCGGCGGCGAGGAAGCAUUCCCACCAUGACUAUACUGAACAGGACUUUGAAGGACACCGAGCGCAUACAGUGUUUGUGGGAGUUCACGUACCGGCGCGAAGACACUCCCACCGCAAGCACAAACACCAUCAUCGCAAUGGAGAGAAAGACCCAGAGAGACCUGGCCCAGCAAUAAUGGCUCGAGUUAGAAGACUUAGCGUAACGGAUGAUGGCGAAACACUAACUCCGCCUGCACAAAGAGUGCAAUUUAUUCUCGGGGAAGAUAUCGACGACUCAUCCUUUGAAUCACAUCCACUUUUUUCUGAAAUGGAAGAACUCGUUAAAGAAGGAGAUGAGUUGGAAUGGAAGGAGACAGCUCGGUGGAUCAAGUUUGAAGAAGAUGUUGAAGAAGGCGGCAACCGGUGGUCUAAACCACACGUCGCUACGCUUUCUCUACAUUCGCUGUUUGAAUUACGAAGUCUUAUUUUAAAUGGAUCAGUUAUCCUCGAUUUAGAAGCCAGUUCUUUAGAGCAAGUUGCUGAAAAUGUUCUUGAUAAUAUGGUUCUUGAAGGCGCCUUAUCUUACGAUAGAAGAGAGAAAGUCAAAGAUGCAUUAUUGAGAAGACAUAGGCAUCAACACGAAAGACGUAAUCACAAUAAUAUGUCCAGACUACCUUUAAUACGGUCUUUAGCAGACAUAGGGAGAAAUCACUCUUCGUGUAAAAAUUUGCAGGAUGGUGGCUCUCGACGCUCCAGUCCGAGGAGUUGUCGGGAGUCCACAGCUCCAAAUCCGCCCUUUCUUCAUGCUGUUGAUACAAGAGGCUCAUACCUAGCUGUCCCAGGUGCUGCACAUGACGAUGGAAUGAUAAAAAGCCCAAGCAAUUUAUCUAUGCAUCGUAAUCAUAGCUCAGGUGAUCUUCCAUUAAAUGGCGACAUAAACCACAAAUGUAACACCCAUUUCAUGCGUAAAAUACCACCUGGAGCUGAAGCUUCCAAUAUUUUAGUCGGCGAAGUAGAUUUCUUAGAAAAAUCUCUUUCUGCUUUUGUGAGACUUAAAGCAGGGACGAUUAUGGGAGACUUAACGGAAGUACCUGUUCCUACACGAUUUAUGUUUGUUUUACUCGGCCCUCCGAAUAGCAACUCAAGCUUUCAUGAAAUCGGAAGAGCAAUGGCUACAUUAAUGUCCGAUGAAAUCUUUCAUGAGGUUGCCUAUCGGGCAAAGAAGCGAGAUCACCUUCUAGCAGGAAUAGAUGAAUUUCUUGAUGCAGUAACAGUGUUACCGCCCGGUGAGUGGGAUCCAGCUAUUCGUAUAGAGCCACCUGCUGCUAUCCCUUCACAAGAUCCACGCAAACGUCCAAAUGAUAAUAAUCCUAAAGAGGAACUUGAUGAGGAAGAAGAAGAGGCUAGACAAAGAGAAGAAUCUGGGUUGGCCAGGAGUGGAAGGCUCUUUGGAGGUUUAUUAAAUGAUCUCAAACGAAAAAUGCCAUGGUACUGGUCAGACUUUAAGGACGCUUUGGCUUUACAAUGCAUUGCAUCUUGGAUAUUUCUUUAUUUCGCCUGUCUUUCCCCAAUUAUUACGUUUGGAGGUUUAUUAGGUGAAGCCACUGGAAAAAAUAUGGCGGCUAUGGAAUCUCUAAUAUCUGGUUUUGUGUGUGGCAUGGGAUACGGCUUUUUUUCGGGUCAACCGUUAACAAUUUUGGGAUCAACCGGCCCUGUCUUAGUAUUCGAAACAAUAGUAUUCGAGUUUUGUAAGCAAAUCGGAUGGAAUUAUAUGUCAUUUAGAUUUUGCAUCGGCACUUGGACGACUAUAAUUUUGAUUAUUUUAGUAGCUAUCGAUGCAAGUGCUUUGGUGUGUUACAUAACACGUUUUACUGAAGAAAAUUUUGCGACACUCAUUGCAUUUAUUUUUAUAUACAAGGCUGUGGAAAAUGUAAUUUCCAUUGGUAAAAAAUUCCCUCUGAAAACACGCCCCGAUGAAGUUCUUAAUUACGAGUGCUAUUGUUUACCGAGCAAUUAUUCAAGAAUGCCCGAGCAAUUUAAUUGGUCCACUGUCAGUAAAGAUACCUGCCAGUUAUAUAAUGGUACGUUGGCGGGUGCAGGAUGUGACACAAAAGUAUACGUACCUGAUGUAUUUUUGAUGUCAAUAAUCUUGUUCCUGGGGACCUUUGCAAUUUCAAUAAUUUUGAAGGAUUUCAAAAAUUCUCUCUUCUUUCCAUCCAAGGUCAGACAAAUCAUCAGUGAUUUUUCUGUUAUCAUAGCCAUCUUGUCUAUGUCAUUUUUGGAUUACAAAGUUGGUGUAAAGACCCCAAAACUGGAAGUGCCUUCUGAAUUUAAGCCCACAUUGCCAUCAAGGGAAUGGGUCAUAACACCUUUCAAUGGCAACCCUAUUUGGUCAGCUCUUGUAGCUAUAUUACCUGCUUUAUUGGGAACCAUCUUGAUAUUUAUGGAUCAACAAAUUACAGCAGUAAUCGUAAACCGUAAAGAAAACAAACUGAAGAAAGGCUGUGGUUAUCAUCUGGACUUGUUUAUCCUGGCGAUUCUUAUACAAAUUUGCUCUAUUAUGGGACUGCCAUGGUUCGUGGCUGCGACUGUGCUUAGCAUAAAUCAUGUAAACUCAUUAAAAGUAGAAUCCGAAUGCGCUGCACCUGGAGAAAAGCCUCAAUUUCUAGGAGUUAGAGAACAAAGGGCAACCCAUAUCCUUAUUUUUUUAACUAUAGGUUGUUCAGUUGUAUUGACUCCUGUUUUAAGACAUAUACCCAUGCCAGUAUUGUUCGGUGUAUUUCUUUACAUGGGCGUAGCAUCCCUAAAGGGUCUUCAAUUUUUUGAUAGGAUCUUAAUCAUGUUUAUGCCUCAAAAGUAUCAACCUGAUCACAUGUUUCUGAGACAAGUACCCAUUCGACGAGUACAUCUUUUUACUGCCAUCCAACUUACUUGUCUCGUCUGCCUAUGGGUGAUAAAAUCAUUCUCGUCAACGUCUAUUUUGUUUCCACUAAUGUUAGUGGUAAUGAUUGGUAUCAGGAAAUCCCUUGACAUUUUCUUUACGAGACGCGAGAUGAAAAUUUUAGACGACGUCAUGCCAGAAAUGACUAAAAGAAAUCAAGAUGAACUACGGGAACUCAGCGAUGUUGAGGACACCAACAAGAGCAACCCUCCAGCGUUUCAAGAAAAUUUACAAAUACCACUGAUCAACGGAAACAUUAUGAAUAUACCUUUGGCAUCAAUAAAUAUAUCUGAGGAGAUGAAUAAAACUGGAAUUUGGAAACAGGUUAACAAUAGCAAUCAACUUAAAAAUAGAGCAGAUGGAAAAGAUUUGAAACAGAAAUCUGGUAAAAAAGUUAUAAAACACAAGAAACUAAUAUCGAAGAACGCACUAUCUGAAAUAGAAAGGCGUCUCUCUACGAUGGAUGAAGUAGAAGAAGACGACCACUCAGUGAAGAGUGACCUUCUAAGGCGCAAGGAAUCUUGGAGUAGCGGACUUAAAAAGAAUACCUCUGCUGAAACUUCAGUAUAAGUUUCUUUCAAAUCUUACUUACGAGUAUUUAAAUGCGACAACAUACAGAGUUACAUUUGCUGUUGUAUAAUCCAAGUACUAUUUAAGUUUACAUAACAUUUACUUAUUUUUCAAUAAGAUAUUUAGUGCUGAUUGUAUUAUUAGGGUUAGAAUCUUUGUUUCUUUGGUUGUGUUCUGCCAUUAGUUAGUGUACUGCGCAAAUACAAGGUACAUUAAUAUUAUGUCGCAUCAACGUAGAGAUCAUUUUCUAAUUUAAGGUAAACUCAAUAGCUAAUAUGUAUCUGUUGGUUUGAAAAUUAAUCGGCACAAAUUUACAUAGUUAUAAAACUUACUCCAUUCUAGUAUUAACUAAAUUGAUGUGUUUAUGUAUUAAAUAACAUAAGUGGAUAUAGCUAGACAACUUUGUGUCUAAAUAAAGACAAUUUUUCUAUUAGACCUAAGUAGUUACUGCACUUUGAAGAAUAUGAUUAUGUAAGUACAUUUUUAUUAUCUAGAUAAAUAUAAGCUCAAAAACUUUAACCCAACUUUCUUAACUUUACUCACGAACGGGUUUUUUAUCCAAUGUCUGUGUCGUCUCCGCCAUAUUAGAUUUGUCAUGACGUCAUAUUAGCAUCAGUAGAAAAUAUCAGAAGUUGUCUGUCUUUGUCUACUUGAUUAAAGCUUCUUAGAAUUUAGAAUGUAAAAUAAGAAAUGUACGUAUAUUGUUUAAGUAGUAUAAAUGGGUGUAAGUUAGGACCUUUGCGUUACUGAAGUCUUAUCGUUUCUAAGAAUGCUUUUCUAACAAGUCGUAUUCAGUAGAUGGUGACUUUAAAGAGGCGUAGAAUUCUUAUUCAUUGUUAGACUUCCCGACUUACGAAUAAUUAUUAUUAUUAAAAACUACAAUAUAACUACAAAAGUUACAAAGUUGUAACUUUUGUAGUUAUAUUGGUCAUACUGCAUAAGUAUGCAGUAUGACCAAAAGAUACCAGAAACGCGUCAUUCAAGUGACUGCACUGAUUCAUAUUUUUAGGACCAGUUUCACCAACUGAUAAGACGUGUCCAAACUCCAAAACUUACGUUUAGAGUUAGACUAUCCGAUACUAUUCAGAAGGUGAUGAAAUUGGCCUUAAGCUUUAGAUAUAAUAUAAAUUUAUUUUAUUUAUAUAUAAUACUUGUUAUUUUGAGUUUUAAGAUUUGGUAAUUUAUGCGGGUGUCUGACUAAAAUUGUAUCACCUGUAAUUGUAAUGUGUGUAAUGCCACUGCCAAAUAGUUCUAAAGGCUUUACGUGCGGAACAGUGUUUUUGAUUUUAUGAAUGAUGAAUCUUCUAUAAAAGUUAAUUAUAUUAGUCUCUCAUAAACCUAGCCAUCUUUAUUGUUGUACUACAACCAUCAUGGUUAUUAUUAGUUGGUUUUCUAUACACGAUUUUCAUAUUGCAUUAAUCUUUCAAUGUUCUAUCAAUAUAAAAAAAAAUAUUUAAAAUUAUUUUUGGCAACUAAUAAAAUAAAUAAAAUGAAAUAUAAUGCAACGCUCCCCAAACCAUUAAUUGAUAAAACUGGAUGCUUUAUGGUAGCAAUACAAACGCGAUCUAAUUGACUCAAAGCCGAAUAAAACAAUUAAAUCUACCCCAAAAAAUAUAAAAAAACUUAAGAUCUACAAAUGGCUCUCACGACAUCUUUGUAACAAAAAGGCCUAUUUAUCAAAUCCUUUUUACAGAUUUAUUGUAACUCUUAAUGGAAUUAUAAUCGUGUAUUAGUGUUAAGCGUAACACAUUAGUUUUAUGUAAGCAAGCUGUAUAAGGGAGUAAAAAUUGAUCAAUUUACUGUGUGAUAUGAGUGUAUAAGUGAAACCUAAUUUAUAAGUAAAGUUUACCCUGUAUGAUGCACACUGCAACAAUAUGUAAAUGGUCAAACUCAAAUUCUUAAUUUGCUGAAUAUAUACGUACCAAAAACUAUAAUAAUAAUAAUUUUGCAGCCUAGCACAAUAAAUAACUAUUGCAUUUUGGUGAUUAAACCUGAAUAUUUAUUAGAUUUAUAAAUAAGUUUAAAUGUAUUUGCAAAUAAAAGUUAAAAGCUCCUUGAAUUAUUUAGAUAUAUUGUUUCUUGUAUUAAUUGCUUGUCUAAAGCUUAUUGCACAAAAGAAAAAUGUACAAAGGCGAAAAUAACCCUUGAUGCAUUUCCUACCUUUUGUAAUAUGGACAAAGUUCAAUACUGCUUAGAUAAAAGCUUCUUGCAUGCAAGUUAAUAUAAUACAUUAAAUAUAAUGCUAAAAAUAAGUUUUAAUCUAUUCAGUCAGUCGAAUCAAUAUCUCCUGAUAAUCAAUAUCAGUUUUUCGCGAAAAAAGCAAAAUUUGUUAUUCAUCAGGGUCUUCCAGAUUAACAGAUUAUAAAAAAAAGUUUUAAUAAAUUUAGUCAGUCGAAUCAAUAUCUCCUGAUAAUCAAUAUCAGCUAUUCGCGAAUAAAGCAAAAUUUGUUAUUCAUCAGGGUCUUCCAGAUUAACAGGCACAAUAAUCUGCUUCUAUAAAAGUACUAUACAAGCCUUGGCCGCAACUAGACAUUGAUCUUACGUAUGUGUGCCUCGGCUUCGCCUCAGCCCACAUUCACACGUUCGUCCAUCAAUGAUCCCCAAAACUGUGAUGGACCUGCCAAUGCAUAGCUUUAAGCAAUGUGUUAAAAAACAUUUACUUAGUCGAGGUUACUACAACAUUGAUGAGUUCCUUAAUGAUAAAAGCGCUUGGAGGCCAUUAUAUCAGCUUCCACCUUCACACAGGAAAUAAAACUAUAAGAAAUUGUAAUUGUUAUCAAUUGUAAAUUAUAAUACUGUAUGACUUUUUCAAAAGAGCAACUGUUGAGUUUCUUGCCGGUAUCUUCUCAGCAGAACCUGCCUUCCGAAACGGUGGUAGAAUCUUUACAAAUAGUCAACUCACGUGUCAAAAGUGCUUGUAAAAUGAGCCUACUUGAAAUAAAUGAUUUUUGAUUUGAUUUGAUUUGAAUGCCUCUCUUGCCGGUGCAGUAAUGUACUAAGUUGUCGCAGUUGUACUAAGUUGUCGCAGUGUGUCAUCAUACUAUAAAUAUUAAACAAGUGCCAAUAGCAUAACACCAUUAGUUAGCUGUUAGUAUUUUGCGGACUGGAAUGUAUGACGUUGAAAUCGUAAAUACAAUGAAUCAGGGAUGACACUCACCUGAUAAAUAAAUUUGAUAUUUAAGUCCCCAGGAGGCGACGAUUGCGUGUGUCAAUUAAUUUUCGACUUUACUUCAAUACAAGUAAAUUCCAUAUCAGUCUGACAGUAAAAGAUGCCGCUUUAUGGUAGGCUACAACACGUCCGCAUCGUAUGUAUUGGAUGCAUCGCAUCAAAAGAAUUAUUUAUUUUUACGGUAAAUAAAAUAAGUUCGAUGCGAUCGCACUUGAUAGACUUUAAGAAUACUUAAAUCCGUUUGAUGCGAUGCCUUCGAUGCGUUUGAUGUGGACCUGUGGACUGCCUUUAUCUGGCUUAAUUUCAUACUCCAAGAAGUCCGUUUGGCUUUGAAUGCAGUUAUAGAACAAGAGCGUGGUUGUGUGUAUAAACUGAACGUUCGUCCCUUCUCCUUCUCUUCUUUGCCUUUCAAACUGGUGGUACUCUUUACAAAUACUCAAACUUGAUGUUUCAAAAGUGCUUGUAAACUAACUUUGACGGCCUCUUGGACUCUUUGGACUUACAAGACAGAGGUCCUGGGUUCGAUCCCCGGCUGGGCUGAUUGAGGUUUUCUUAAUUUGUCCAGGUCUGGCUGGUGGGAGGCUUCGGCCGUGGCUAGUUACCACCCUACCGACAAAGACGUACCGCCAAGCGAUUUAGCGUUCCGGUACGAUGUCGUGUUGAAACCGAAAGGAGUGUGGAUUUUCAUUCUCCUCCUAACAAGUUAGCCCGCUUCCAUCUUAGACUGCAUCAUCACUUACCAUCAGAUGAUAUUGUAGUCAAGGGCUAACUUGUACAGAAUAAAAAAAAAAAACUAAGCUUUCUUGAAAUAAAUUAAUUUUGAUGUUCAAAGCCCCUUUAGUUUUACACACCAACGCGCCGUCUGUCUAUACACUUUACCACUACAUGUAAGGACCAAUAGACUUCAAAGCAGACACACUAUAGAGUAUAGAGUAUAGAUGACGUCACAUAUGACGUCAUGUCAUAACGAACUCCAGUCCACUUUUGCAAAAUUGAAUGUUUUUUGUAAGUUUAGUGAGUCUGUAAAUUUAUGGUGUCGUAAUAUAUUGUAACAACAAAGUAAAAACAAUAUUUUUGUGUAUUAACUAUUAUAAUAUGUAAGUCGGGUGUAAGCUUAAUGUUAAAUUUACAAAAACUUGGUUAACAGAAGUGUUUAAGUUAGGUAAUAUUAGUAAUAUCUAAUACCCUUUUAUACUUGCUUUUUGAUCAAAAACUAUAUUUAUUUUAAGAAUUCUAACACAACUCGUUUUCAGUGAACCAAAAAUGUAUUUUGCUACUUUUAAAUUGCAAAUGGAAAGAAAAAAAAACACCCUAUACAUCAAAAAAUACUAGACUUUUUCUAAUUAAAAUCUUCAAAAAAUUCUUUAGUUUUACACAACAAUAUCUGUCUGUCAACUAUCAAAUAAACCAAAAGUAUAGUCUGGCAAAUUCGUUGAUGACACUCCCAUGAUAUGCGGGCGACAGGGGGAAAGCUGUGAAAUCGUGCGUGCAGGGAAGUGAGGUACGUCAGACGUGGGCUUUUCAUUCAUCGAAGGAGUGUUACGAACGAAGAUGCCAAGCUAUAGACAAAUAAACUCCCCAAACUUCGGCAAAGUAGCAUCUACAAGUUAGAAAUUUUUUUUAAUUAUUUGGUUGUUUAGUUAUAAUUAAAUAAAAUAGUUUUUUGACAGUUAUAGUAAAAUUUACCAUUAUCGCCUAAUAUAGAAGAAAUUAGUGGCCAUGUAGUCUGAAUGUCUAAAGUAUUAAGUGUUGUACUAAAUACGGUAAUAAUUACAAUUAUUUGUUGUACCUGGCGAGUGUUUGCUACAAUUUGUAUUCAAUUUGGAGAUAUUUGUGGAGUGUUAUGAAUAAAUGGGUUUUUUAAUAAAUUAAUUUGAAUGGUC